CCAAUAAGUAAGCUCGAAGAGGCUUGUUUGCUUGGUGAUGCCAGCAGAUAAGCCUGGCAAACCUCAGUGUGAUAGAAGAAGCCAGUCUGAGACUCAGCUUAGCCCAAGCAAGCUACUGGCCUCUGGCCGCGCUCAGUGAACCUCAACAUGAUGGUGUUCGUAUUUUGGAAGGUCUUCCUGAUCCUAAACUGCCUUGCAGGUCAAGUUAGUAUGGUGCAAGUAACCAUCCCAGACACUGUCGUGAACGUGACUGCUGGAUCUGAUGUCACUCUCAUUUGCACCUACACCAGUACUCUGCCCUCCCGGGACAAGCUUUUCAUCCAGUGGUCAUUCAUGACUAAGAAUGAGGAAAAGUCAAUUACCCACAGCCGGUGCCUCAGUACUGAGGGUAUGGAGGAAAAGGCAGUCAGUCAGUGUCUAAAAAUGGCGCAUGCAAGAGACGCUCGGGGAAGAUGUAGCUGGACCUCUCAGAUUUACUAUUUUGCAGGUGGAAAAGCUGAAACUGCUGGGAAUUUUAAAGAUCGAAUUGUAGGGUCCAACAAUCCAGACAACGCAUCCAUCACUAUCUCACGUAUGCAACCAGCAGACAGUGGCCUCUACAUCUGUGACGUCAACAACCCUCCUGACUUUACCGGUGAAAAUCAAGGAGUCAUCAGCGUCAGCGUGUUAGUCAAACCAUCUAAGCCCUAUUGCAGCAUUCAAGGAACCCCCGAAACUGGCCAUCCAAUAUCUCUUUCUUGCCUCUCGACGCUUGGAACACCUGUACCUGUGUACUACUGGUUUAAAGUUGAAGGAAAAGACAUCGUUCCAGUGAAAGAAAGUUUCAACCCAGCCACCGGCACUUUUGUUAUUGGAAAUCUAACCAAUUUUGAGCAGGGUUAUUACCAGUGCACUGCUAUCAACACCCUUGGCAAUAGUUCCUGUGAAAUAGAUCUAACUUCAUCACAUCCAGAAGUUGGAAUUAUUGUUGUGGCCUUGGUGGGUGCCCUGGUAGGUGCUGCCAUUAUCAUCUCUAUUGUGUGCUUCACAAGGAGCAAGGCGAAAGGGAAGGAAAGGAAGAGAAAUUCUAGAGCCACCACAGAACUUGAACCAAUGACAAAGAUAAACCAAAGUGCAGAGGACGAGGCAAUGCCAUCUGAAGAUAUUGUCCAACUAGAAGCAAGCCUACCAACUGCCUCCCAUGAGACUAACCCCGAUACCAACAUGGGGCCAGAUCAUGAGCCUGCCCCCGAGCCUGUGACUGCUCCGGGGACUACCCCAGGGUCUGUCCCAGGCCAGGGGCCAUCCCGGGUGCCUGAGCUUGAGAUCCAGCUGGAGCCUGAACCGGAGCCGGAGCCAGAGCCUAAAACCAACAAUGUGGCUGAGCCCUUAUGUGAUGAGGAGAAGGGAGUGAAAAAGCCAUAGGCUGGUAGCCUAAGUGCAGUAUUCAUCUCUAAGGAACCCAUUACUGGCAGUUGGAAUUCAAUUGACCUGGCCAGCCUUCCACUUUCUCCAUCCUGACCACCCGUCCUCUAACAAUGUGCUCCUACCAUCAAUCCAAAAUAAACAGGUCAAGAUAACUACUAAAUAAACGCAAGGGUUCCUAUAUUACCAUCAUAGAAUACUUACAAUUUUACUAACAUAUAAGCAUGACUAGUGAUAAGGCAAGUGAUUUCUAACUCAGUUCAAAGUGUGUUACAACACCACCUGCGUUGUACUUCAGAAAACUGUACUUCUUUACUUUUAGGUACUCUCGUUACAAUCCACAUGUACACAUGACAAGGUAACAUUAACUGCAUUCAAUAUUAUUUCAAGGAUUAGUUGCCAAGGUUUCCCUAUUUACUUUCACAAUGACCACUAAGGAAAGAAUUCACCAGCAUUAUCUCAUAGAUUGAAAAAGAAUUCCUCAAGAAUUUCAGAGAAGUAUAUGUAAUUUGUACAUAACAUUUAAACUAGGUCUGAAAAAUUAAAUUUUCAUUUAGCAUAUUAAAUUUCCCAAGGAGCCACCCUACCAUGCCACUUUCUAAGCAUAGCACAUUUAAAAAUAACUCAAUUUCCAAGUACAAAAUAAUGUAAUUUUCCUUCAAUAAAUGUAAAAUGUUGCUAUUAUAGGUGAUGUACAAGUUUGAAUGAGCUAUCAUGUAUCAGAUGUUAUCUACUUUGGAAGUAGGAAACUGCUCUGAAUGAACUCUUAAGACCACUUUAGAGAAUAUGAAUUCAUUGUUCAAUCUUUUUACUGUUGGAAUAUUCCACAUUAAUAAAGAGAUAUCAUUGUAUAAAUGCUAAUUAUUAACUCAAAUGCAUUGAUAUCACCUUUUCUUUAACUGUUAAAAAGUUUUUCCAUUGAUUAUAUUUCACCCACAUCUUCCUUGAAGAAAUUUACAGGUAGACCUUUUCAUUUGUGUAAUCAAGCAGAUUUUAAUCUUAAGGUUCAAUCAAUACUACUCAAUAAAAUCUCAUUUUAAUGACUCGAGGUAAAUCUUUUA